AUGCACAUUACAGAAAAACUAAAGAACAGAAUUGAGUUGUGGAGGUUAGAGAAAUAUACUAAACGAAGAUCCUUUUUACCUGAAUUUGAUUCCAAAGACUCUGCGUAUUACAAACAAAUAUAUCAUGAUGGCGUCUAUGACUUGAGCACCCCUUAUCGAAAUAAACGGCUGUCAGCAAGAUUAAAUCGUGCCAGUUUACAGUUAAAGAAUAGAGCGAGUAAUAUGUUUGGAAGGCCUUCCUCACCGCCAGCACCUUGCUCAGAAAAUUACAAUAAAAAUUUUUUACAGAGUUGA